AUUAUUAGAAGCGGUCCGGAUAUCUCGCAGAGGACGAUGUUUCGAAAAGAUCCGCCAAAGGUUCGAAGUAAAGCCCGUGCAAUGUGCGCAGUUCGGUGAAGAAUGACGCAUGCGCAGUAAUACAUUUUUGCGAUGAAGGCGCGCACGACGAAGCAAAGAUACGAGUGAACGCGUGUUUUAUAUCAGUGAAGCGCCGGCAAAGCCGGAGGAAAGAUGUUUCUUUGUAAUCAUCAUCUUUUUUCGCUGAGUUUUCUCCCUCGUUAUACGAAAUAGAGCCGAUCAAAGUUCGUAGAUUCGCUUUGACGAUUGAUUUCACGUUGUAGUUUUUUCUUGUAUCUGUAUUUUCUUUCCUUUGUUUUUUUUUUCGUUUGUUUGUCUACUUUCUUUGGGUUUCUUCGCUGUUGUUAUUUUUUAAAAAUUCUUUUUUACAUCUUUUUUUAUUCCACAUUAUAACUAUAUCGAAUCGAUUUGAGUGAAAUAACGAAAUUGAUUUCGCGUCACAUUUUCGUGCUCGAUCGGAAAAUGAUUCCAGAAGAAUAGAAAGUUUAGAAAAAAAAGAAAAAGAAAGGAUUUUCUCACUUUUUCUAGUAAAUCAGGAAUCAAACUUAUUCAAAGAUUUAUCUUCCGGAUCAUUGUGGAGUCUUUCUCGAUUCUUUUUAAAAGAGAUCGAAAGAGGAAUAGCCUUUCAAGAUCCAAUUUUUUUUAUUUCCUUUUUUUCUUUUUUAUUUCUCUUCUUCAGUUUGAUUUUUUUCUCAACGGGUCUCUUUUGAAAAGUAGUUAAAGAAUUUUGGAGCAAAGUAGUACGUCUCUUAAUUGUAAUCGUGUAAGAAUAAUCAACUACCGACAACUCCAGCUUCAAAGUCGUUUAAAGAAGUAGAUUUUGAGAAUAAGCGAAGGAACGAAGGGCCCGGUGUUGAUCGGCCGGUGUUGUCACAUCUCCGAAAACGAGUAUGAGCAAAGCAAGAAAGCUACAGCAUCAGCAACAACGUUGAAAGUAGGGAUACGAUAAGAGAAAAUACUUCGUUUCCCUAUUAACUGAUCGUUUGAAUAAAACGAUGCAUACGUAGCGUUCGAGAGAAUUUAUAUAAAAAAAGAAGAAUUUAUUACCAGUUUAAAUGAUACUAUGAUGAUGGAGCGAAUUUUCGUUGAAUUAAUAAAGAUAAUGAAUGAUCGGAAAGUUGCUUUAGUAACGUCGCUUUAGAAAUAGUAACGUUCUUGGCACGAUCCUAAGACUUUUUUAUCUGAUUAAUACGAAGAAAAUAUAUAUUAAUUAAAGUGAUAGAUAAAUUACAUUGUUAGAUUAAAGAAAACGAAAAAGAGAAAAAAUAAGAUGAAGGUGAUCGAGGAAAUAACUUCGAGUUUUCAUACGGAAGCUUGGCAAAAUGAUAGCUUGUCUAUCGUUGAUCUAGCAAACACAAUGAUGACCAUGAACGUUACCGUUCCGAAUAUACCUAAAAGACACGUGACUUUUAUUUCUCAAGCAGUUCUCACAUUGGUGUAUAUAACCGGUGUUAUUGGCAAUGUGUCCGCUCUGGUCAUUCUUUUUCAUCGCGAUAAGAGGAGAAAUCGCAAACACCUGCUGAUGCUACGUUGCUUGGCAAGCAACGAUCUCGUCGCAUUAUUGGGUAUGUUGGUCCAGAUGUAUAUCAGUAUCUACGUAGCUGGUGUUACAUUCAGCCGAGUAUUUUGCUCUCUGCGAGUCGUAUGGAGAUUGUUUGGAUUAUUUAGUGGCUGUGUAGCUAUCGUAAUGGCCGCUGAAAGAUGGCUAGCUUUGACCAGGCCUUUCGUUUAUCAAAAGCAGGUGACGUAUCCGGUAAUUGUCCGUUGUAUGCUGACACUUUGGCUGGCUGCUCUGUCAUUGACCAGCCUGCCGGUAUUAGGCUUCGGUCUUUAUUACAAAGAUGAUCACUGUGUUCGAUAUAGAGAGGCUACCAAACCUACUGACAUAGCUUAUGCAUACGUAUGGUUCGUUUUCGGUACUCUUCUCUGUCUAUCCAUUGUCUGGUGUAAUCUAGCAGUGUCCAGAGCGUUAGGUAGAUUAGGUCGUCGAGCUGGAGCACUGAGACGUAUCUCGAGGGCUUCUUCAAGAGCAAAACCAUUGUUAACUGUAACUGGACCCACACCAGAAGUCGUCGCAACUGCUGAAGAAAGAGCUUUUGCCCGACUUAUGGCAGUCCUUUCGAUAUCUUUUGUUGUAUGCUGGAUGCCACAAAUGAUUUCGAUUCCGCUCGCACAAUUCUCUAUGACUUUAACGACGAAGAUGGUGACUUUGAAAAGGUGUAUCCGUGCUUUUCACAUUGUCGCCGACAUUCUUUUGUGCAUACACUUCACUUUGGAUCCAUAUAUUUACGUUCUCCUUCGAAUACCUCGACCAAGAUUCCGUUUGUUGAAACCACUUUGCAAGAUCUGCUGGCCAGCCAGAAGUCGAUCAAAUUCGUUCACAGGAACAGGAGAUAAUCAUUGCAGCAGUGGUGAUCCACCAACCCCUAUAACCGAAGCACCCUCGACACCCGUUAGCGAGGAACAUGAGUCCGAAUUAGCAACCGUUAAUGUUUGAGAUCAAUACGAAUUGAUCGUAUCGAUCUCAUAAACGAUUUUAUGUUUACACAAUCGAAAAUGUAUUCUUCGAUGUACCAAAGUUCUAUAUAUGUAUUUCUUAUUUACUAUUUCGUAUUAACAUUUCUGGAUUAAAUUCGGGCAAAAUCGAGGCAUUCCAUGAGACUUAAGAGGAAGAAAAAAGGAUGACAAGUUUGUGACUGAGAGUAUUGCAAUUAUAAAUAUCUAUGAGUUUUUUCUUUUAUAUAUACUAUAUAUUGUCGAAGGUUUAUGCAUGAAACGACUUUUCAUCGAGAACUCCAAUCAUUUGCUUCAUGCAAAUGACAGUGACGUUGACAGAUCGGAUACAAACCUAAUCUUUCGACAAUCGAAUUAUGAUCAAACGUACUACGAAAAUAACCGACAUUUUUUAUAUUUUUAUUUUAUGAGAAAUUGUUAAAAUUGUAUAAUUUGAUUAUAUGAUCGAUGAAUUUUAAACGUAUAUUACGUUCGAUUAAAAGUGUGAAAUAAAAGGAAAUAUUUAAAUACAUGUUUCCAAAGCACAGUUACACGAUCCAAAUUAUUCUACAUAUAUGUAUAUACAUUAUAAAUGUUGAUAUCUGUGUAGAUAUAUUUCUAGUCAGAGUCAAGCAAUGUAACUGUGAAAAAAACAAAAGAAAAUAUACAGAAAGACACAAAAAAAACGAAAAAAAGAGAAAUUUCAUUCGUUUCUGGUGCAAAAAUACCAAAAUAAGGAGAUCGAUUAUUCUCCGUACGAUGUUAAUUAUUACGCGCGUGCAUUUCUUUUUUUUUUUUCUUUUUUAUAUUUUAUAACGUUAUUAUCAAAAAGAAAUAUUACUCGUGCCAUUUAAUGAUACUAUUGUUCUAAGUGUAUAAUGUGUGUACAUGAAUACAUAUUUACAUGUAAAAUAAGAGUACACGUUAAGAGGAACGAAUAUAUUAUUAUCAUUACUAAUAAUAGAUUUAUCAAUCAUUUUGCAUAUCAUGAUCGCAUAUCGUUCGAUGCGUUCGUUAUAAUUUCAUUUUAUAUGAUUUUUUUAUAUGUUUUCCUCAACGAAUGAUAUUUAUGGUGUAAUAAAAGUAUUCACGCAUAUAGGAUAUUUUGAUUAACCGUUUACAAGUUUUAAAUCGUCUUUAAUACAAUUAUAUCAACGAGCAUUUAUAAUUGUACAUAAGAAUAUUACAUAUAGAUAAUUAUAAUCAAAUAUACUGUCUACGGAUUGUGACGUACAAUCGCAGGCGAUGUAAAGCACGGAGAUGAUAUCUAUUAAAAGAGAAAAAGAAAAUUACAUAAUUAUCAAAUAAAUAUGUACAUUCAUAAUAAAUGAUGAUACAAAUUCCGAGAACAUUUUUCAUAGUUCUUGUGUAACUUGGAAUUAUGUUUUCAAUAAUAACGCGAAAAAAGGAAAAUACAUAUAAUACAAAUAUAUUUACGAUAUAUUACAUUUCCCUUUAGCCGUUCAUAACACGAAUCUUAUAGUCUCGUAUCUAUACAAUUCUAAUACGAGACUGUUCUCUAUUACACACCAAAGAUGCAUCCAAGUAUUGCAUUCGUACGGUUAUUGACCGAAAGUAUAAAUAAAUAAUGUAUUUUUUCUUUUCAUAAAAAAGAGAAGGAGAAAAAGAUAGAAAGGGGGAGAGAGAGAGAGAGAGAGAGAGAGAGAGAGAGAGAGAGAGAGAGAAAGAAUAUGAGAUAUUCUUCACAAAAAGACGUAGUAGAACAAGUUUCUAUACGGCAAACAAACAAUUCUUUUUCUUCUAUGAAAGACCAAUGUCAAAGGCAAAACAUUUAUCAAUAUAUUUUGUUGUUUUUUUAUCUUUUUUUAUCUUUUAUCUUUUUUUUUUUACUUUUGUUCAAUUUUCUCUUUCAAAAAAUAGAUUAUUUCCACGAAAAGCUUAAGCUCUUAUCCUUCGUCUAUAUGUAUAUUACUUGAAGUCCAGUUUUGAUGUAGGUUCUUUUAUGUUACUUAUAAAAAUGUAUAACGUAUAAUUGUUUUUUUCUUUUCUUUUUUCUUUUUAAUUACACCAGGUAUUAUAUAAGUAAAUUUGAAAUUAGAGUGCAUAUGUAUGUCCUCAUGUUUCCUAUAAAUAUUUUUCGUAUCAUUCAAUCUAAGAGAAAAUAUUGUUCGAAAACGUGUACAUACAGUAAAUUUGAUUAAAGGUAUUCGAUUAAUGUUUUAUUCGUUCACACAAUAAAGUGGCACAAAUAUACGAUCGAAGAAUAAUAGAUAUAACUUUGUAUAUAUCGUUAUAUGUAGCUUUCAUUCAGUCUUAAAUUAGCAAAAUUACAAUUACCUGGUUUUUUUGCUUUCCUUCACACUUGAACAUAUACUUAUUUAUAUUUAAGCAUCGAUAUCAUGUCGAGCAUCUGUUUCAUAAUAAAAAGAAUAAUUUUUUACAGGCUUCCAUCUCCCAAUAUUCAUACCAGCACUUCGAUGUUACAAAUCAUUUUUAUUGGUCAAGUGUGAAGUAAUUUUUAAAAAGUUGUUCAUAAUAAAUUAUUGUCAAACAUACUUCGCGUUAACUGAUAAUGCGCACGUAAGCAUAGGAACCACAAGAGAGUCAAUUAUAACAUAGGGACGACUUCGUUUCAAUAAUUUGCACUCUUUUUUUGAUAUGGAUAAUAUUCAAUGUCUACAUUCACGCACGUACACACACGCACACACACACACACGACGUGAUACAUCUUUAAUUGAAAAUUAUUAUUACAUAGGGUCCUUUCACGGGAUAGACGGACACAUUAAUUUACAUCAUUUAAACAUUCAAAAUGAAUAAUGAGGUACAUUUGGAUUUUGUUGUGUCAUCAAAGGACAACGAUAAAAUUUUGUCAAUAUUUUAACAUUUGUAAGAAAUGAUGAAUCUUUGAACCUCAUCGUUUAAUUUAGGCCAUUUAAAACGUUAUAAGCUCGUUUUCGAAGCCUUUUCAGGUACCGCACAUUAAUUGUCAUCGUUUCUAUUGCAACAAGAUAUUGACACGUUAUGAAAUUUGUAUUUUUCUCCUUCCUAUUAAUUCUAGCUCCGACGAUAAUACAAGAUUGAUGCUCGAAUAAUAGAUUAGAAUAGCCCGUAGAGUUUUAAUAAUUUUUUAGUCAAAGUGCUACCAACACCAACGACGAUGACUGAUCGUUUUCAUCGUUUUAUUUUGCAAAAUGUGGGCUAAACUUCAUCGUAAAAAUUCGAACGAGUAAGAAACGACUCCGCAAUAAAAGAAAUCUCAAGCGUCUCCAGACUUAUAAACGUCUUAAAAAUCGCAGAUCAUUCUCACUAAAUCCCUCCAACCUAAUUUACUGCGCAAAUUCAACGGCGAGUGAUCUUCCCUCGAACGAAAAAAAAGAAACAAAAAAACAAAAAGAAGAAAAUCUCGUUUCGAUCGAGGACGAAACUCAAGAAAGCUAUUAUUUUCUCGACCAAAAAUCCUUAAGCAAGAUUUUUACCAUCCUUUAAUACGAAUUUUACUUCGUUCUGUAGAUAACGGAACUUAUUUAUCCUGGUUCUGAUCCACUCCGCCAGGAGUAACCAGAGAACCUUUCCUCGUUCUCUGAAAAAUCGUCGUGCCGAUCCGUCCGUGUUAACCAAGAUCGAUACAGCAUGACGGUGUUCGCAUAUUGGCUGCACGCUCGACAACAACGAUUCCCACGGCGUGUCGUGCCGGCUAUCGUGAACCGCGACCCUCCGCUAAAAAUUUUUUUUACCAAAACACAUUUUAUCGGACGAACUAAUACGAUCUUUGAUAUCUUUUCUUUGUAAUUUAAGAAAAGAAGAUCGAUACCUUGGGCCGUGCAGAAAUGCAUCACACCUUCCACAAAAGAAGAUGAUUCGUCGAAUCCUCGCGACCUGCCUGUAAUUCUGCGGACGCUUGGGGCCCUCUGAAAUCCUCGUAACCAUCGCCACCGGAUAUCACCAAGAGCUUACCGCGAUUGAUAUUAUUCUGAUGCACUUUCUUCGAUUUCAAAGAGUAUCGAUUCACCUUUGGUCGUGGUUCUGGUUUCGAUGAUGUACUGGUUUCCACGCAUGUUAGAAACCGCACGUGUCCCGUAUGUCCGUGAGGUAUUCCUUUGAGAAGAAAAAAAAAACUUUCGUUAAAAUCUCAAUUACCAAAGAAGAGAGAGAGAAAGAUCCGUUAGCUCGAUACCAACCAGUUACGAUGGGAGGUUGAGAUAUUCUUUGCGUGGAUGGCUUGAUGUGAGGUAUUGGUACGGUUAAAAGUACACCAGCGCUUGUACCGAUCCAUAAUAACUCAUUGCAAGCCAAUAAAGCGGUUACUCUGAGACAGGCUGCUUUAUGUUGUCUUAUUAUGUCAUCGCAACCUGCAGCAAGUUUAAUGUUUUCGUUAAAAUAAAUAUCGUUGGAAGUACAAUAAGGGUUCGUUAAACGAGAAAUUUAUAUAACGAUUUCGUUCAAGAUUUAAAACUUACUAGCAAGCAUCUUGGUAACGGCCGGAGCGAUAUUUAUAUCUGUCAAGCAUUCAUAACUACCAGCAUGGAAAAGACGAAGUACGGCACUGUUGUGCAAAGAAAUCCAAACACCAAAACCACCAGAGUUUGCCAUACAAGUGACCGCUCGACUUGUGUCACUGCUAACCACGAAGCUGUGCUCGAUGUCCAAGGUACGCGUGUUGAGAACUUUCACGGAGUUAUGGCAACCACACCACAGUUUGCCAGAUACCGGAAGCAUCUUUGUUACUGGAGAUGCUGCGGUACCUACGGACACUAUCGUUGGAUCU